AUGGUGACCUCAGUACGCACUGACAAAGAAGACAUUUCUAAACAAGAUAAAGAGGCUAAGAAAGUAGAAGAAAAAUGUCGGGACAAAGACGAGGACACCGACGAAGACACCAGAGUCCAGAAAGGAGUCAAGAAAGGUCAACUCCCUCGCCAAAACAGCCAGGGGAACAUCCCACUCAAGACAGCCCACAGCGUGACUCUCGCCAGCCCUCGGCAACUUCCUACAGACGCCAGUAAAAGCCCCCAUAAGGACCAGAAAGAUGACAAAAAAGGUCAACACUCGCAGCAGCAAAACAGCAAAGAUGCCGGUGUGUCCAACUUCCCCGGGAUGUCGACUGAUGAUGGACAGUACCUGAAACACGCACUGGGCGAUGCGCUCACCAAUUCUUUGUCUGAGGUGAACGAGGCCAGACCACCUGACCCUAUCUCCUACCUGGCCUGCUGUCUCUACACCUACAGGUACCACAAUAAAGACAACAGCAAAGACGACAGCAAUAAAAAUAAGAAUGGCUCAAAAGUGAGCAGCUCAGGAUCGGAGAGAUCAGUGGAUUCAAGCAUCGCUCUUCAGACAGCUGUCGAUAGUACAGGAGGAGCUGGUUACACCCCCACACCACAGACCAGGGACAAGAACGGACAAAGCGUUCUCCACUUCGCUGCCUCGAAGCCACACGGGCGGUCAGCCUUCUACCGCCUGGUGGCCGACUGCGGCUGCUCCAUAGCGGACAGGGAUGAUCAGUACCGGACUCCCAGGGACGUCGCCCAGGCCCUCAACCUCAACGAGAACGUCAAGGCCAUUGAUAAGUGGGUCAUCAACCUAGCAGCUCAAGGUAAACUUGAGGAGCUGAAGAAGUUGAUGCUUGACGGCUACGACCACCUGCUGGAUGUGGAGGACGAGCAGGGCAACAGCAUACUCGAGGUGGCCGAAGAACACGGACAGAGAGCCACUGUGCAGUUCCUCAGAAGUUGCAACAAUUUCGAGGAGAAGAAAGAUUGGCUGCACAAGGCCAUUAGAAUCGGGUCGGAGCCCCAUGUGGAGCACAUCGCUGACAGCCUGGAGGUGGCCCGCGCUAAGGACGAGAGGGGCAGGACGUCGCUUCAUAUCGCCACUCUCUGUGAGGAGAAGGCCAUCAUGGAGAUCUUGGCUACCCGCUACCCGGAGCUGCUGUCGAUUGGUGAUAAUCUGGAGAGGACGCCUCUGCACUACGCCAUGGCUGUAGAGGGUGUCGACGAGGUGGCUAAGGUGCUCGUUCAAGCUGGAGCCAAGCGGUCCAUCAAAGACCUGAGGGGACGCACACCCUCUGCUAACUUCAUCCACCCUGAGGCCGUGAGGGCACUACAGGCGGAGGAACACGCCCUGACGGACACCAACCUACAACCACUCCCCCACCACGAAGGUUGA